GCUCAAGUGACAGUCGGUGCAGCGGGAUUCAUUACCUGCAUUUCAGCCAUGGUGAAGACCACAUCCCUGACCAAGUCUGAGCUUGUGGAUGUCUUGGGCAGUGCCAAGACCAGCAAGGAGCGCAACCGUGCGGUGAAACUUCUGAAGCAGUUUGAUCCCGUGCCCCACUACGAGUUCGACGACGAGGGCUUGAAGGCAAAGAUGAGGCCGAAGAAAUACGAUUACCUCCUGGGCUACAUGUGCUUCAGGUGUGACAAGGUCAAGCAGUCCAAUUUCAAGGUGAUUUGGAGCACCUCGAAGGGCAACAAGAUCAUUUGCCACCCUUGCUAUGUGCAGCUUGCUGAGCGCGAGGAGGUGGGCGUGAUGCGCGCGGCAAACCAGAAGGCUGGCAUCAUUCCCAAGGGCUUCGGCCUGGGAUUGACCGGCGUGGUGCCAGAGCAGGGUCCGAAACCCUGAGGACCGGGUGGUGCCGUACAGAACUCCCGGCGACCUGAAGUGCCACCCGGAGCACUGGAGGGCUGUGGCCACGUGGCUCACAAGGAGGAUCCUGAGAGGUUCACUCAGCUCG